AUGCCCGGAGAAGGGCCUGUCAGCAUAAUAUUGCUUGAAUGUGGCUGUAAUACUGUGGUUUUACUCGGCGGCAACGAGAUUUCCAGCGGGUGUUCAAAUACCCUUAAGAUAAAGAACUGGAAUAUCUGGGUCGGUAGUGUAAUAACAGGGAACGCUAUCUUAGUGAAGCCUACUUUGCUGGCCGAUAAAAUCUGUGUUGAGGGCUGGGGAAAGGGCAACUUUACCAGGUUAUAUGAACUUACUUACAGUCUAGGGGAUCCGGGGCUAUCCUAUAAUAGUAAUUGCCUUGAAGGUGUCUGUGGCAUAGUAGAGGUGCCCCUGACUAUACCAACUAUAUCCUUGUUUACUCCGGAUACCUGCACCGCGGGGACUGGAUCCGGGGUGUUCACCAGCCUGUGUAGUUAUGGCUGUAAUGUGGGAUACUGCUUUAUUCAUAACUGUACCUGCACGGCCACGGGUCCCUUAAAUGUUCCUGCAGCUGCCAACACCAGUAUUACUAGUAUUUUAACUGUUGGUGGGGACAGCGGGCUCUAUAACUUUACCUAUAAUAUGGACCCCUACGCGACUGACGACAGGCCUAAUCCUGAAUGUGUGUUGUCCGAGAUCUACGACUUCAGCCAGAUCUUUGCUAUCCUGGAUAUGCUGGAGGCCGCAGUAGAUAUGCUGCAACCCGCCUGUACCUUUACUGUAUACUACCAACUCGUGGAUGUAGAAGGCUUCUACAGCGACCUGUUAGCUGACUAUGGUAUUGACCAGUCCUGGGUACAGUUUGGCACGCAGGAGCUCGACGAGCCGUGCACGCCUGCUAUAUACAAGACAGGCUGUGUAGUGAUCCACUGUAUCUAUGCCGGGUUUCUGGUUAAGGCGGCUGACAGUGCAAUCACGGUGGCCAACCCUAAGAAGAUCAUGGCUGUUAAGAAGAAGGAGAUGAUUAACAAGAUCCUGAUGGGGGUGCUCCUGAUUGUGUCUUUUCUGGGUGAGCUGGAAGCGGUUGCGGAUGUCUUUGUGGGCCUGUCGCGUAUUAUUAUGAUGAUUAGCGAUGUCGGGAUUGGGGUAAUCAUGGUUUAUGUUAUUGUUGACAACCCUAAGAUGGCCCUGCUGACGAUCUUGGAAAUCCUUCUGUUGGGCGGGAUAUAUGAUCUUAAUGAGUUCGCUAUUAUGGGUUCGUUACUUGUUAAUCUCUUUAAAUCUUCUAAAUUAAUAAUCUUAAUAAAGUUGAUUAAUAUUAAGAUACCUGUUUACUAUUACGUGGAUCAGAUCAGGUCGGAUGGUUGA